AUGGCUUUGAAUAUGUGGUCUACCUCAAAGACAAUUUCGCAGCUAGCAACAAUGUACAAAACCGGAACGACAAUCGAUCUAUUCGGACCUAGAACGAAGCAUUAG